GGACCCACACUGCCCGCUGCGGCGCGGACCUUGCCCAGCGCGCGGGGCGGAGCGCAGCGAGUGUCGGCGCACGGACCGCAGAGAUGUUAGCCUUCGCCGCCAGGACCGUGCCCGGGCAGGUGGCUGCCUCUUGGUAGGUUCUGCUCACCCACUUGGUAGCACAGUUAGGCUUAGAGAUCCAGCCGAGGCAGACAGACAGGGCUCAGAACCUCAGUCCUGCCAUGGAGGACGGGCAGCAGAGAGAGAAGGUGAAGCCCCUGGGCCUCCUUAGGCCCUCAUCCUUGAUGAAGGUUUCCGGCCGCUUCAAGGCACACCAAGAUGCUCUGCCAAGGCUGCCUGUGCCCCCGCUCAAGCAGUCCCUGGACCAUUACCUCAAGGCGCUGCAGCCCAUCGUGAGUGAGGAGGAGUGGGCCCAAACCAAGCAGCUGGUGGAUGAGUUUCAGACCUCCGGGGGCGUAGGGGAACGCCUACAGAAGGGACUGGAACGCAGGGCCAGGAAGACCGAGAACUGGCUAUCUGAGUGGUGGCUCAAGACAGCCUACCUCCAGUUCCGCCAACCUGUGGUCAUCUACUCCAGCCCCGGAGUUGUGCUGCCCAAGCAGGACUUUGUGGAUCUGCAGGGUCAACUCCGGUUUGCUGCCAAACUCAUCGAGGGUGUGUUAGACUUCAAGACCAUGAUUGACAACGAGACCCUACCUGUGGAGUAUCUGGGGGGAAAGCCACUGUGCAUGAACCAGUACUAUCAGAUCCUGUCUUCCUGCCGUGUGCCGGGCCCCAAGCAGGACUCGGUUGUCAACUUCAUAAAGACCAAGAAGCCACCCAUGCACAUCACUGUGGUGCACAACUACCAGUUCUUUGAGUUGGACGUGUACCACAGCGAUGGAACACCCCUCACCUCGGAUCAGAUCUUUGUGCAGCUGGAGAAGAUCUGGAACUCAUCUCUGCAAGCCAAUAAGGAACCCGUGGGCAUCCUCACAUCCAACCAUCGCAACACAUGGGCCAAAGCCUACAAUACCCUCAUCAAAGACAAGGUGAACCGGGAGUCCGUGCGCUCCAUCCAGAGGAGCAUCUUUACGGUGUGCCUGGACAGGCCCGUGCCCAGGGUCUCAGAAGAUGUCUACCGCAACCGUGUGGCUGGCCAGAUGCUGCACGGGGGUGGCAGUAAGCUCAACAGUGGCAACCGCUGGUUUGACAAGACACUGCAGUUCAUCGUGGCAGAAGAUGGCUCCUGUGGGCUGGUUUAUGAGCACGCGGCAGCAGAGGGGCCCCCCAUUGUUGCCCUUCUGGACCAUGUCAUUGAGUACACGAAGAAGCCCGAGCUUGUGCGAUCUCCCAUGGUGCCCCUGCCCAUGCCCAGGAAGCUGCGGUUCAACAUCACCCCUGAGAUCAAGAGUGACAUCGAGAAGGCCAAGCAGAACCUCAGCAUCAUGAUCCAAGACCUGGACAUCACAGUGAUGGUGUUCCACCACUUUGGAAAGGACUUCCCCAAGUCAGAGAAGCUGAGCCCCGACGCCUUCAUCCAGAUGGCCCUGCAGCUGGCCUACUACAGGAUCUACGGGCAGGCAUGUGCCACGUAUGAAAGUGCCUCCCUGCGCAUGUUCCACCUGGGACGCACUGACACCAUCCGCUCGGCCUCCGUGGACUCCCUGGCCUUCGUCAAGGCUAUGGAUGACUCCAGUGUCACGGAGCAUGAGAAGGUGGAGCUGCUGCGGAAGGCUGUGCAGGCCCACCGAGCCUACACUGACAUGGUGUUGUGGUUCCCAGGAAAUAGUGGCUGGAAGAGGCAAUGCUACCAUAGCUGUCACCUGCUCCUGACAGCUCCUUCCCCACAGGCCAUCCGUGGGGAGGCCUUUGACCGGCACCUGCUGGGCCUGAAGCUGCAGGCCAUUGAGGACCUGGUGAGCAUGCCUGACAUCUUCAUGGACACCUCGUAUGCUGUUGCCAUGCACUUCAACCUCUCCACCAGCCAGGUCCCUGCCAAGACAGACUGCGUCAUGUUCUUUGGGCCUGUGGUCCCUGAUGGAUAUGGCGUCUGCUAUAACCCCAUGGAGGCCCACAUCAACUUCUCCGUGUCUGCCUACAACAGCUGUGCUGAGACCAAUGCUGCCCGCAUGGCACACUACCUGGAGAGGGCACUCCUGGACAUGCGCACCCUACUUCAGAACCACCCCCGGUCCAAGCUCUGAGCCCAUGCUCAGGCCUACUUGCGCCACAGCCAGUCCCACCUGGUCACCCACCAGGGCUCAAUUCCUUCACUCCCUCUGCCCUAGGUCCCCCAGAUCUGAGUGAGCCAGGGAACACAUCUUCUAGUGGGGCCCACAGACCCAAGCAAGUGCCUUCUGUAGCUGGGGCUCAGUUCAGAAGCUGAGCAGGACCUAAGGCUCAGGCCUCCAGCGUACCAUCCUCCCCUGGAGAAGGGAACCAGUCCAGCCCAGCACUUAACCACAGUAGGAGACUAGAAAGAGCUCCUUUUCUUUCCUAGCUCAGCUCUGGCCAGUCCUUGCCAUCACUAUAGCCUGGCCAGGGUCUGUUCCCUGAUCUCCAAGCUCUCAAGGACCUGAAGACAAAGGAUUAUCUGGAGCUGAGGGGCUUGGGGCCUCCCCAAGGCUGAGGAACCAGGGAGCAAGGUUUCCUGGUCAAUAGAAUGCCUGAGGUACCACCAGCAACAUGGCUGCCGUAGUCUUUUGGAUAAGGAGACUCACGAGCCCUGGCCCUCUUGCUUCCAUGCCGCAUGUUCCUGAACCACAUUCACAGUUGUAGAACAUGAACGUGGCAGGUAAUUAAUAAAGGGGAGAUGUGCUGGUGAA